GGUGGCUGCGUGUUUCCGGAAGACGUGGCGGCUGUCGCCUGGGUUGCUUCCCCGCUUCGUUCUCUUGACUUCGCUUCACACCCUGGGCGCUCCGAGGUGCUGUCGCCGCCGCCCUCACCGCUGCAGCCAUGAUCUCCUUAACGGACACCCAGAAAAUUGGAAUGGGAUUAACAGGAUUUGGAGUGUUUUUCCUGUUCUUUGGAAUGAUUCUCUUUUUUGACAAAGCACUACUGGCUAUUGGAAAUGUUUUAUUUGUGGCUGGCUUGGCUUUUGUAAUUGGUUUAGAAAGAACAUUCAGAUUCUUCUUCCAAAAACAUAAAAUGAAAGCUACGGGAUUUUUCCUGGGUGGUGUGUUUGUAGUCCUGAUUGGUUGGCCUUUGAUAGGCAUGAUCUUCGAAAUAUAUGGAUUCUUUCUCUUGUUCAGGGGCUUCUUUCCUGUGGUUGUUGGCUUUAUUAGAAGAGUGCCAGUCCUUGGAUCACUCUUGAAUUUACCUGGAAUUAGAUCAUUUGUAGAUAAAGUCGGAGAAAGCAACAAUAUGGUAUAACAACAAGUGAAUUGAAGACAUUUAAAAUAUUGUAUUAUUUAUAAAAACCUUUGAAGAAUAUUCAGCACAAAAUUAAAUUACAUGAAAUAGCUUGUAACGUUCUUUACAGAAGUUAAAACGUAUAGCCUACAAAGUACCAACAGCGGUUAACAAAGAAGCAAUGAAAACAGGCUUCUAACCAAGUCAUCUAAGAAGUCAGCAAGCAAACUGAAGGAGAUGAAAUCUAUGUUACAAUGCAUAUUGAGACUCUUGAAGGCGAUUUUCAUUGUUUUUCCACAGUGUGUGAAAGACAGCCAUCUUUAGAGAACUGUAGUGCCUGUUUCUUUUAUUUUUAUUUUGAAGAUGCAAACGCACCCAUAGGCAUUUGCUUUUUAGAAAUGUUCUCUGCGAUGGCAAAAAUAUUUCCAGUUGUACUGUCUCCGAAAGUGAUGCAUGAGUUGGAUUGGAUUAUGUCAUUUUAAUGUAUUAAAACCAGGAAAACCCAGUGUCAAUGUAUGAAUCACCUUUAUUUUAUUUAUUUUUUUUUUUGGUAAACAUGGUUAAAGUAAAACUUUUGUGGUUCUUCUGAAUCUUAAUAUUUUAAAGCCAGAUGCAAAUCUAAACUAGAUAUUCUUUGUUGGAAUAUGCAGAGGUCAUUCUUUACUAGGUUGUAGUAUCUCAGUUAUAGCUCAUUCAGCACUUUUUCCUUCAAGCAGCACACUCUGGAAUCCUACUUCCUGGGACUCUCACCUGAGCAUCUGUAUCUUUCAUGACAUGAACAGUUAACAGAGAGUAUCCUUGGCUGUGAAGGAGUCUGUUACAUAGCUUGUUUCACUGAAUAGCCCGUUAUUUAAGAUACUAAGUGAUGCAGCCCAUGGAUUUUUUCAUGUCAUGAUCCAGUUUUUAUUUUAUUUUUUUAAAUUUUAACAGUGGUUUAUUACUUUGCUUUUCAUACAUUAAAAUAACUACUGGUAAUGUUUACUUUAAGGUGUAACAUGUUAAAAGGUUAAACUUACAGCUGUUUUUAAGGGCUAUUCACAUAAACCAGGUUUUCCCUUUAUUUUCAGCUUUUUCAUAACAAAAAUCAAUAUGCAUAAUGUGUGUUAAAUACAAUUGCUCUUCAUCUUAAGUUCAUGGAGAGAAUAUCUGAGUUCACAUGCUGAAGUUAUUUUACUGUAAUCAAACUAACUAUAGUUCUGAAAAACAUGACACU